GCCUUGCAUUUCGAAAACGGUCAUGACGGACCUAUUACAACUUGGCAAUAUUGUAGAUAGCCUUCAACAACCAUUACUUGCUUCGAAAGAUUGUGUCUUGGACCGUUGGAUCAUGGCUCUUCAGGAAGAAGAACAAUUGGGAAUUGAAGCCAACGAUGAAGAUAGUAUGCUUUCCAACACGAUCAGAGAACUGGACGGUCUCGAUCGAGUUCAAGACUCAACCAAUGUUAGCAUGUCUCUUGAAAGCAACCAUUGGUACAGUAACGAUAUGUUGAUAAUUGCCAUGCUGUCCAACUUUUCGACAUCCUACAAUGUUGUGAAUAUCUCGCUCGUGCUACCCAUUCUGCAGCAGGUAACAAAUACGUCAUCCACCAAAGACGCGGCUUCCGUAGCUUCGUCUCUCCUGGCCGGUAUGAUGUUUGGACAAGUUUUUGGCGGCGCACUGGGGGAUUAUCCUCGUCUUGGUCGUUUGGGAGCCUUGCGACUUGUGAUGUGCCUUCAGCUCGUCGCUAGUUUGGGUUCCGCGUUCGUUGAUACUUCGGGUACUGCCAUACUAGAUGUUUACGAUCAAUUGACGCUGUGGCGAUUUCUACUAGGAGUUGGAGCCGGUGGCGUGUAUCCUCUUGCAGCGGUACUCAGCGCCGAACAGGGAGAAUCGACGGACGCGGAGUCGCUACAUCGAGUCGUUUUGACCUUCAGCAUGCAAGGCGUCGGAUUUCUGACCGUACCCUUACUUACAGUUCCACUGUUGUACACGGUCUCGAAUCUCAAUACCGUUUGGCGAAUAAUUCUGGGCUUGGGAAGUUUACCAGGCUUUGCCUUGCUGCUUCUCCAAUGGCACUGGUACCGUAAGCAGCAGACGGGGGAAAUAUUGCCGGCGAGCGAUCCGGAACAGGAUGCAGCAUUCGGGCAAGAAUCCAGCGCUCUUCAAGACAGUGAUGGGGAAGUUGGGACGUGCUUGGAUUCUAGUCCAAACCUAGAGAAUGACUCGGGAAGUGAAAGCACACAGAUUGUGAUUCGACAUGGUUGGUUGGGCUCCAUUCGACAUGAAGACCAUUUGUUUUCCAAGUUGAUGGGUACAGCUGGUGCAUGGUUCUUGUUUGACGUGCUCUUCUACGGGAAUACACUCUUCCAACCCAUUGUUCUGGAAGCAGCCUUUGGGACCCCGGAAACGUCGAAUGCUCGCCAGCUGCUGCAACGCACAGCACUGAAUUCUCUGUUUCUUACCAGCAUUGCGUUUCCAGGUUACGCUAUUGCUGAUCUCGUCAUGGGUAAGAAAACGCUUGGCGUAACGCAGACACCCCGGUAUGUCAUGAUGCAAGGCUUUACUGCCAUGUUUCUCCUUUACUUGACAAUAGGUGUCUUUUGGAGGGGCCUCAAGCACUAUCCAGUUGUCCUGGUAACACUAUACGGCUUGACCUUCUUCUUUGCGAACUAUGGCCCCAACACCACCACGUUUGUUUUACCAAGUCUUGUGUACUCGGUUGAAUGCAGAUCCACCCUCAAUGGAAUCAGUGCCGCCGCCGGCAAACUCGGGGCUUGGACAGGCGCCACUCUAUUUGCACCAGCAGCCUCUAGAUACGGCAACGCCACCGUAAUGAUUAUGUGCGCGGUCGUUUCAGUCGUUGCGUUGGCUCUUACAAAACUCUUCGUAAAAGUGAAAGCACCGCACGGUCACCAUCACGCAAAUCAUUCUGCGAUUUCACCAGAAGAAAUACAAUGA